UAGUGGCGGGGAGGGAGGGGGGAAGAGAGAGAGGACGAGAAAGGGACAUGGGGUCCCGUAUACGCUCGUUUCUGCAGAAGAAGACGAAGAGAAGAGGGUGGGGGGGUAUUGGUACGGGAACAGCGCGGGCAGUGCACGCGCAGCCGCCGGGACGCGCGCAUCCCGUGUGCAUUCGCGCUCUUCCAACAUCGCAGGAGGAGCCCGCGAAAUCUCGAUUAACUCGGCACUGUGCAACGUGCCUCGCGACCGUGGUGAUCACCGUACGAUAUACCAUUAUCGUGAGUUAUAUUUUUCUUCAUCCAUAGCAUAUAAUUCUUAAUUCGCAUCACCGCCAUAAUGACAAGACGCACGAUCUGCGACUAUGAUUUGCGCAACGACGUGAAGUUGACAGCGGAGUUCGAGACCGGCCGGUACUCGAUAAAUUUCUCGAAAGUCGAUCGCGAUAAUCGCAAUGGAAAUUGUCGCGUAAUUGUAGUUGUUAUUUAAUUACGCGAAUUCGUAGAAUCCUCGAAGCUAGAUAAUUCUCGGUAUCGUAAUAUUAUGUCGCAAUUGACUUUCGUUCGCUGUGAAAGGUAAACAAAACAUAACAUUCGGUAUCAACAAAACAUACAUUCUUUCGAAGGACAUAACGUUCAGUGUGUAUCGUGACUUCGGUGGAUUCGGUCGUGUACGAACGAGUGGAGCGUAUCGUUAUUAAAAUAAUCGAAUCGUGAUUUCGUCGUGAAUUUUUUCUAUACCAUGUGUUUUUUAUUGCAUGUUGCACCGAGUUGAGAGAAAGAGAAAGAGUUAUACGUUAUUUUAGGCGUGGAUAAUCGUGGCGAGUGAAUAAUACGCGAGUGUUACGAAGCAUUUUCGUCAAACCGUUACGUCGUAGUAAACGAAUUGUCGUCUUCGCGUCGGAAAGAUGAUUAUUUCUUCUUUUUCGGGCGUGAAGAAUUAACGUUCGCGAAUUCGAGAAUGCGCUAGUGGAACCGGUUAUAUCGUGGGAACCGUGGCAUAGAGCAGGUCCCGAUAGAAGGAAGGAAUCGAAAUAUUUCGAAAUUCGUUCGUGACGAGGAUCGCUGGUCGUUUUCGCGCGGCGAUGAAGGGGGCGCAACAGGAAUUUGACGGUUGUGUAUGAAGUGUGACGGUAAAGUGCAAUCGAACAGGUGCAUCGAAACGAAGCGCGGCGGACAACGAUGAAUCAUUGGAGGGUGACAUUUCUUCGCGCUGAGUAACUGCGUCGUUCGUCUUCUACGACCGGUGAACGACAUGGAUGUACGGACAGAGAGGCCUCGAACGGCUGGCCGGAUAGCACCGACCGGACGCGUAACUCCGACCAUACAUCAAACAGGUGGAGGAAGAAGAAAAGCGAUACCGGUCCCGCCGCCGAGGGUGCCGACCCCUAUGCCCACCGCCAACAAUAAUCAACAAAAAAACAAUGCGAACGUGGACGCCCCGGCCGCGGUACCCCCUCAGAAGAAAGAGCCGCACGAGAACAUCGCCCGGAUAGCGAAGCGGUAUCUCGACGAUAACAUGCAGCAGGCGUGGAUCAAUCCUCGUCUAAUAUCGAUGAUAAACAUGGAGGCCGUCACGUCCACCGACUACGACUCGUCGAAUCUGAGCAGAAAUUUCAACCAGGUGGGGUUCAACACGUACAACUACUCCCAGAUGAAAUCGGGGCAGGAGCUCGGUUACGGGAAGCACGGGGAGCAAGUGGGCGGCAAGUCGAAGGGCCACGAUGUCGGUCACGGGUUCAAGGUGGAGAACAUGAAAUACUACGGCGAAUUGAAGGGCUACGACUUGAAGUCUUACGGGACUAUCGACAAGCCGGGUGCCGUUGUCUCUGCCCACGAGAAGUCCCAUUUGCACGGGGCGGAGAAGAACGGUCACGACAAGUGUCACUCCAAAGUGUCCUGCUCCUCCUCCUCCCCCUGCUCGUCCGCGAUGCAGAGUUACGGCCUGUCCAAGGUCGGCGGCGCCGCAAACCGCGUAUCAAGUGUACCAGGAGACCAAGUACUCGUACAACGUGAGCGGGGUACCGGGGACGCCGGCGCAGGCGAGCGCAGCCGCAGCUUUCUUCGCAAGGUAAAGGUAAUGCUGAAGGUGUCACCGGGGGAAGGUGGAAGUUUCUUCAACGCCGACAAGAGAAAGAAACAGGUGACGUUGGUCGAUCCCACGGCUGGGCAAUCUUCUUCGGCGGACGAUCGCAGGCCGACCGUGGCAGCGCCGAAAAUGUUCGCCUUCGACGCGAUAUUCACCGAGGAGGAUUCCCAGACCGAGAUCUGCUCGAGUGCUCUGACGGACGUGAUCCACGCGGUCAUCAACGGAACGGACGGCUGCCUCUUCUGCUUCGGGCACGCGGGAUUAGGGAAGUCUCACACGAUGCUGGGAACGCCGGAAGCAGGGCACACUCUAGGAGCGAUCCCCUGCGCGAUCGCCUGGCUGUUUCGAGGCAUAUCCGAGCAGAGACAGAGGACGGGAGCCAGAUUCAGUGUCAGGGUCAGUUGCGUGGAAUUAACCACCGGUCAACAGCAGCUCAGGGAUCUUCUCGCGGCUCACGCUAACGGUGAGUAAAUACUGCGAGAUUCGGAUCCUAUGAAACUGUCACUACAAAUCCUGUACAAAUCUCGAAAGGAUAACGAGGAUGGAGGGCGGAAAGCAAAUACACUCGUUUCACGCUCCAACGUGGCGGUAAGAAACGUGGAGAAGUCAAAUAGCUCGUCUAUCCAAACGCGUCCAUC